UAAUAUACAGGCACCCAAUACAAAACUGCAAUCCAGAAAAUAAUAAAGACCAAAAGUCAAAAUUGGGCACCAUACUCGGGUGAUUCAAUAUCUGCAAGUGCUUCCCCGAGCUGCCUCUGCAAUUCUUCACCUUCUGCUUACUUCUUACUUCACAACUAGUCAGUUAGCAACCCUGAAGUACUUUUUACUUUGCAGUCAGAUUGGGAUUUGGUUCGGCCCAUCUUAGAGGAUUUAAUUACGACAUUUCACUUAAUCUUGGGCAACAUUAUCUUUUGAAUCCAUGAUGGCAGAUGCAAGUCCUAGAAGCGAUUCUUCUACAGAUGGAGACACCGAUGAUAAGGCAUUGGGGUUCCACAACAGUCAGGGGGUUGUAGUUUCUGAUGCCAGUGACAAGUCAAGGGAUCAAAAGACUCUUCGUCGGCUUGCUCAAAAUCGUGAAGCUGCAAGAAAAAGCAGGUUACGGAAAAAGGCUUAUGUCCAGCAGCUUGAGAGCAGUAGGAUGAAGCUGACCCAGCUUGAACAAGAACUUCAACGAGCUAGGCAGCAGGGCAUAUUCAUUUCAAGUUCAGGAGAUCAAUCUCAAACGAUGAGUGGUAAUGGAGCCUUAGCAUUUGAUGUAGAAUAUGCUCGAUGGUUGGAAGAGCACAACAGGCGAGUCAAUGAACUGAGAGGAGCCGUGAACUCCCAUGCGGGCGAUGCUGAACUUCGCAUUAUCGUUGAUGGAGUAUUGGCACAUUAUGAUGAGAUAUUUAGGAUAAAAGGUGAUGCUGCUAAAGCGGAUGUCUUCCAUAUCUUGUCAGGAAUGUGGAAAACUCCUGCUGAGAGGUGUUUCUUGUGGCUUGGUGGAUUUCGUACAUCUGAAAUCCUUAAGCUGCUUAUAAGUCAGUUAGAGCCUCUGACUGAGCAGCAGUUAUUGUCCAUCAGCAACUUGCAGCAGUCAUCUCAACAGGCUGAAGAUGCUCUAUCUCAAGGGAUGGAAGCAUUGCAGCAGUCAUUGGCUGACACACUAGCUGGAUCUCUUGGACCCUCGAAUUCAUCAGAAAAUGUUGCAAAUUACAUGGGGCAAAUGGCCAUGGCCAUGGGGAAGCUAGGAACUCUUGAAAAUUUUAUUCGACAGGCAGAUAAUUUGAGACAACAGACCCUUCAACAAUUGCAUGGUAUAUUAACUACUCGGCAGUCAGCUCGUGCUGUCCUAGCUAUUAGCGAUUAUUUCUCUAGACUCCGAGCUCUUAGCUCUCUCUGGCUUGCCCGACCACGGGAGUAAAAUAAACACCAUCCUUCUGUUUUGCGAAAGAUGAUGAAUCUUCUCAAGUGUGUCUUCACUGUUGUACAAUAUAGGAUUGAAGAUUCUGCCUGUGCAGUUAUUGGGCGUUUUAACAAUUACCCCUAAAGUUUAGGAUAUAAACCUGAAGUGUAGCUUUAACAUCAUAGUUUGUUAACAAAUAUUACCUGUGUAUUGAUUAUUAUAAUUGUAUUUGCUGUAUGGUUGUAGGGUCUUGUCCGGUUUGUAAUGUAAUUUAGCCACAUUAGUCUGCCGUGUCGGUAUGUUUGUUGAAAUCAAGAGUUGUAUGGUCAUGGUUCUGCGACUUUGCUUCAAUAAUACAGCCACAAUGAUUGGCAUCACUUCUGACUAUUGCA